AUGCCGGCAUAUCAUUCAACAUUAACAGAUUACACUCAAUCAAUUGGAAACCUAGCAUUAUUACCUAUACGUACCACUUAUCGUGGCCCAGCACCGAUGAAUCCUAAGCUAGAACUGGAUGUUAUUGACGAAGCACUCAACUACUUUAAGGCUAAUGUAUUUUUUAGAUUUUAUGAGAUUAAGUCAGAUGCAGAUAGAGUCCUCAUAUACUUAACUUUGUACAUCUCGGAAUGCUUGAAAAGAUUGCAGAAAUGCUCCAAUAAGAAUCAGGGCCAGCAAGAGAUGUAUAUGCUUGCUAUUUCGAAAUUCGACAUUCCAGGGGAGCCAGGUUUUCCCUUAAAUUCAGUUUAUGCUAAGCCUUCCAGUUCUCAGGAAGCGGAUUUAAUGAGACAGUAUUUACAACAAUUGAGACAUGAAACGGGCAAUAGGGUCUGUGAAAAGGUGUUUGCAACAGAAGAUGGCAAGCCCAGUAAGUGGUGGCUUUGUUUCGCUAAAAGGAAAUUCAUGGACAAAUCUCUUUCGGGUCCAGGCCAGUAA